AUGAAUACAACAGCUACGUAUACUCCACUUGAGUGUCUACUGUUGUUUCAAUCACUUGUCGCAUUAGGCACAGAUGAUGAAGACUUUAUCAAAAUUUCUGACCUCCUGAAGAAAAGUCCUUUAGUUUGUGGAAAUCCUUCUUACGACCCCAAAAGACUAGAUGCGAAAUCUCUUCAGCAGCUUUAUCUCCGGAUAUUACGGGAUGAGCUGCGCCUCGAAGAAUCAGAUGGACGUGAGGAAAAUAGUCGAGUGCAUCCCAAAAAUCGCAAAUACCUUAGUUCAUCGCCUCUUUUGCUUAAUGAUUCUCGAAAAUAUAAACAUAAGCUACAUAUGUUAGAAGAUAGACUAUAUGCAAAAUAUCGAGAAUAUAUGAUAAGGUCGAUUGAUGAAGAUGAAAGGAAGUUUGCGUCCCUACAAGAAGAAAUUGAGAAAAUAGAAAAUGGUGAUUGGAAUGAAGGAUUAACUAACCCAGAGAAAGGGCAGAAAAAUAGAAUUAAAUUUACACCCAUUAAAAAUAAUGGAUACACCUCUUUGCCUUCCUCUGAAAACGAUAAGCGUCCCGAAAAUUUCUCGAAGCGCUUCUCACCUGCUUUAUUAAGUUCCUCAAGUCACAUAUUUUCCUCCAAGACUAAACCAGCUGUACCUUCAGAAGGUCAAGAACUUCAUAGCGGUGAGAGAGAGGAAAUAGAUUCACUUCCAUCCAAAAUCGUAGGAGAUCAGACUAGCAUUCAGCUAAGCUUAGGCCCGAGGUAUAAUUGUAGUAUACAAGAUAAGAAGUCGCCUCAGUCCAAAUCCCAAAAACCAUCUGAUUCGAAAUGGAAAUCUCCACAUGGAGAUUCUCGCCAAGCUUCACCACAAGAAAAAGAUAACCAAAUCAAAAGUCAACAGAAUUCUAGUCAAUCCAAUUCAGUUACCCCCUGGGAACCUUGUAUCGUCUCUGCUUUAAAACCUAUAGUCAAAUCAAACUCAUCAAUUCAGGCAGCCACCACUUCACGAAUAAGAUUUUCAAUACCACAUUCAGCUGGAACAAUGUGCUCACGAAUGUCUCUAGAUACUCUUGCCGAGGCUGCAGGUCAGCAAAAUCGUGUUUCUCUUGAAACUUUAUCAAAUCCAGCGAUACAUCAACCCAACAAAAAUGUACUGAAUUCACGUUCUAAUUUACAAAAAAUAUCCCCUAAUAAAGUUCCUCAGCAAAAUAAACAGAAAUCUUUAUCUCAAUCAUUGUUCUCGAAGUCAAAAAAGGUUACAUCACAGCGCUUAAUCAAGCCCGAAAGAAAACAUUACAAUUCACCUUACAAUACAGGCCGAAAUCUACCCGUACAAAGUCUUUCGUGUUCAAAACAGAAAAUUAAGGGGUAUCAAAACCUCCCAAGUACCCCUCAUGUUUUCGACAGUCGAAAGUUUGUGACCGGAACUGGAACAAAAUGGAAAGCCCAACCGUCUGGACUAACACCCAGGAAUUUUACUCCCCUCCCACCACCGCCAAUAGAACCACUUAGUCCAAUUCUCAAGUCUGCCAAGUUGAUGGUUCACGAUCGUAAGUCUACCUCGAAAGAUUUAUCAUUGCAAAAAAAGCAUAAACCACAAGCACCAUCGCCACAUGCGCCUUAUGGUAAAAAUUUCAAUAUUUCGUCAACACCGGCUGUCAUUAUACCUCCUAAAAUUAGAGCAGAUGACUCAAGAUCCAAAAAUAAAAAGAUGGAUGAUGCUCUUGACCCUCAAGAUGAUGAAGAUUUUUCACAAACUAAAUUCAAGAAUGCAAAAAAUAUUGGUUCAAACGAAUUAGUAAUUACAAAGCUAUUACACACUGACACAUCCAACUACCGUUCCACAAAACGAAAGCGGGGAAAGUUUUAUGAUAUAGGAUCCCGUCCACCUUCUACUAUCCUCUGGACACGCGCUUUCCCUAAAAUAUCUGCACAGGCGCUACAGGAUAUUGUCACUGACAAAAAUGCAAGCAUGUUCGCAAACCCAAUUAAGGAGAAAGAUGCACCGGGGUAUAGGACUAUAAUACUUAGACCACAGGACUUGAAAUCGAUCCGUUCUGCCAUUACUGCUGGGCAUCGAGCAGCUACAGCAGCAGCACCCGAAGACCUUAGUCCCUAUGCAUCCAGCGCCUGGCUUCCCAUAUCUGAAGAUCUAAUCCCCCCCAAAGGAAUCAUUAAUUACUCUCAGCUUGAGAAAGAAUUAAUGCGUAUGUUUGCCAAUGCAAUAAUGUUUAAUGCCGAUCCAAAGCGUGGCCUCGGUCCAGCAUGGCAGGAUGUCGUCGAAAGGAAUAAAGAAGAAGCCUUAGGUUAUGCAUUUGAUGAAGAUAGCAUAGUAAGAGGUACUAAAGAUAUGUUUGCUGCAGUCGAAAAAAAAGUUAGCGAUUUGAGAAGCGUUGAAAGAAGAAACGAGGUUGCAAAAAAGGCCAGUCUAGCCACUAUUAAGAUUGACGACAAAGGUGACGAGUCUGAACAGGAUUUAGAUAGGUAA